UGGCAUUUUAUAACUGAUUUAUUUAGCUUUAAAUUGCAGAGUCAUUAGUUAGAAAUAUCAGUAAAAUGCCUCUCGAAAUUAAAGUGAAGACUAAUGGACAUGCAAAUAGGAUUUUACAAGACUUGAACAGAAGCAGAAAGGAAACUCGAGAUCAUUGUGAUUUCAUGAUCAUAGCUGGCUCUGAAGAAAUCCCAGUUCAUAAGAAUAUUAUAUCUGUAGGAUCUGAUUAUUCAGAGCAAUGCUGGCUCAUAAUAAUGCUGAGACAGCGUCUGGUAAAGUGGAAAUGAAAGAAGUUGAUCCAUUAUCCCUGCAACAAUGCAUAGAAUACAUUUACACUGGUGAAUUAUCUACUACUGAUGAAAAUGCUGAAUCUUUGAUGUAUGUGGCUGAAUUACUACAGUUGAAAGAUGUCUGUGAAGGAAUUGUUGAUUCACUUGAAGAAAAUCUUGAAUCAUCUGCAGAAUCAUUUUUUGUGACAAAAAGAAUCGCAAACCUGUACAAUUACAAAGAAUUGAUGGGAAAAUGCGAGAAGUUCAUGCUAGAUAAAUUUGAAGAAAUUGCGGUUCUUGAUGAGUUCAAGGCAAUAGAGGAAAUAGAGUUUCUUAGAUUGAUCAAGUCACAAGAGAACAAAGUAUUUUUAGUGUUUCAUUAGGCAUCAGAGAGUGUCAAGCUAAAAGGUUUGAUAUCUUGGAUAAAAUAUGAGCAAAGAAAUCGCAAAAAACUUCUGAAAAAAUUGGACAAC